CGCCGCCGCUCGGCCGAUGCGCCCGGAGCCAUGGACAAGAUCCUGGAGGGGCUGGUGAGCUCGUCGCACCCGCUGCCGCUGAAGCGGGUGAUCGUGCGGCGCGUGGUGGAGUCGGCGGAGACGCCGCUGAGCCAGGCGCAGUGCCGCGCCAUGUUCGCGCUCGGCACCCGGCUGGUGCUGCAGGGCCCCGACCCCUUCCAGCGGCAGGUGGGGCGGCAGGUGCUGGACGCCUACGGCCGCUUCCACCGCGCCGAGUUCGAGGCGUUCUUCAACCGCGGGCUCGUCCUCGGGCUCCUGCAGCGCGGCUACGGCGAGCUGAGCAACCGCGACCCCGCCAUCCUCGACUACAUCCAGGCGGGGCUGCGCCUCAUCAUGAGCUGCCCCUCGGUGCUGGAGCUCUUCGAGCUGCUGCAGGUGGAGGCGCUGCGCCUGGUGUGCGAGCGGCCGGCUCCGCCGCUCUGCGCCCGCCUCUGCCAGCUGCUGAGCGACUUCCCGCAGUGCCUGCCCCGCGGCAGGAAGCUCUCGCUCGCCUUCUGCCAGCAGCUGGUGCGCAGCAUCGCCCACUUCCAGAGCCAGGGCACCCGCGAGGCCGAGCUGCGCCUCUACGUCUCGCAGGUGACCCAGGUCAGCGCGCUGCUCAGGAGCGUCUGGAAGGCCGAGCCCGACACGCUGCUGCCCUCCCUGCAGGAGCUCUUCGCUGUCAUCUCCGCCGCGGAUACUUCAUUUGAACCUUCUGUUGCACUGGCAAGUCUUGUGCAGCACAUACCAUUGCAGAUGAUUACAGUACUCAUCAGGAGCCUUACUACAGAUCCUAAUGUGAAAGAUGCAAGUAUGACUCAAGCUCUGUGCAGAAUGAUUGACUGGCUAUCUUGGCCUCUGGCUCAGCAUGUGGAAACAUGGGUGAUUGCACUGCUGAAAGGAUUGGCUGCAGUCCAGAAAUUUACCAUCCUCAUUGAUGUCACUCUGCUAAAGAUCGAAUUGGUCUUUAAUCGACUUUGGUUUCCUCUAGUGAGGCCUGGUGCCCUUGCUGUCCUUUCCCACAUGUUACUUAGUUUCCAGCAUUCUCCAGAAGCUUUUCAUUUGAUUGUCCCACACGUGGUCAGUUUGGUUCACUCCUUCAAAAGAGAUGGCUUGCCUUCCAGUACAGCCUUUUUGAUGCAGUUGACUGAGCUGAUACACUGUAUGAUGUAUCAUUAUUCAGGAUUUCCAGAGCUCUAUGAACCCAUUCUGGAAGCUAUUAAGGAUCUGCCCAAACCCACUGAAGAGAAGAUUAAGUUGAUCCUCAGUCAGAGUGCCUGGACUUCUCAAUCCAGUUCUUUGCCGUCUUGUUUAUCUAGACUUUCUGGAAAAUCUGAAACUGGGAAGACAGGCCUAAUAAAUCUAGGAAAUACUUGCUACAUGAACAGUGUUAUUCAGGCACUUUUUAUGGCUACAGAUUUCAGAAGACAUGUUUUAUCUCUGAAUCUAAAUGGCUGUAAUUCUCUAAUGAGAAAAUUACAGCAUCUUUUUGCAUUUUUGGCCCAUACCCAGAGGGAGGCAUAUGCUCCUAGAAUUUUCUUUGAAGCUUCCAGACCACCGUGGUUCACCCCUCGAUCCCAGCAGGAUUGCUCAGAGUAUCUCAGAUUCCUGCUGGACAGGUUGCAUGAAGAAGAGAGAACUUUGAAAGCAUUGUCUUCAGCCAAGAAUUCUGAAAGUGUCAUGACUGAUGAGUCCCAGGCACAAGAAGCUGUCCAUAAAACACAAGUAUUUACUGAAGCACCUUGUAUGGGAAGUGAAGAAAGAACUCUGAUUGAGAAGAUGUUUGGAGGAAAAUUGAAGACUAACAUCUGCUGCUUGAACUGCAAAAGUAUGUCUCAAAAGGAAGAAGCUUUCACAGAUCUCUCUUUGGCUUUCUGUCCUCCAACUUCCUUAGAGAAUGUUGACCCAAAAUGCAUGGAACAUUCUGAAGUGAAAGAUGACUACAUGGUGCAGAGUAAUACUUUAGCAACCAGUCCUGCUGUAGAAACACCUCUCAGUAAUUUGGAAGUAAAUCGUGGAUGUGACACAAUAAUGAAUGAAGGAACCAUAGAAGAUUUUUCUAGCGAGCCAAGCUCUGAGAAUACCACAAUUUCUGAACUCAAAGUUGAAAAUAAUGGGGAUAUGUCUCAGAGUUUAGUAGGUAAAAAUACCCUGUCAGUUACAGACUUACUCAAUUACUUUCUGGCACCUGAGAUCCUUAGUGGAGAAAAUAAAUACUAUUGUGAAAAGUGUGCCUCUCUACAGAAUGCUGAAAAAACUAUGCAAAUCAUUGAGGAACCUGAAUACCUCAUUCUCACUCUUUUGAGAUUUUCAUAUGAUCCAAAGUGUCACAUAAGGCGCAAAAUCUUGGACAAUGUUUCUCUACCACUUGUAUUGGAACUGCCAGUGAAAAGAGCAACAACCCCUUUAGCUGUUGUUUCAGGAGGCUGGUCUGUUGGUGUGGAGAUUUCUGAUACUGGAGAAAACCUUGCUAAAAAACUGAAACCCUCAGGUGCUGAUGAAGUGACCUGCCCACAGUUGGUGCCCUAUGUGUUAAGCUCUGUGGUGGUGCAUUCUGGUGUAUCCUCUGAAAGUGGACAUUAUUAUUCAUAUGCUAGAAAUGUUACUGGGUCAGGGCCUUCAGGGCUCUGCCACCAGUCUACAGCUCUUUCUUUAGUUUCUCCUCAGGAUAAGUUGUUUACAGAGGAGAGUCCUUGUACUGUUGUAGAAAAUGAGCUGGACACUGAGAUGCCAAGAGAGUGGUUUCUAUUCAAUGAUAGCAGAGUGACUUUUACCUCAUUUCAGUCAGUCCAGAAAAUCACCAGUAGAUUUCCAAAGGACACUGCUUAUGUUCUGUUUUACAAAAAGCAGAACAGCACCUGUGGCUUCAACACUAAUCCAGCAAAUGGCCUCUGGGUAAAUGGAGACCCUCCUCUACAAAAAGACCUCAUGGAUGCAAUUACAAAAGACAACAAACUGUACUUGCAGGAGCAAGAGCUUAGUGCUCGAACACAAGCACUUCAAGCUGCCUCAGCCUCUUGCUCUUUCCGACCCAAUGGAUUUGAUGACAAUGAUCCCCCUGGAAGUUGUGGGCCCACAGGUGGAGGAGGAGGGGGUGGGUUCAGUACCGUCGGUAGAUUGGUCUUUUGACUAUGAAGACAACCUGGAAUACACUGGUUCCAAAGCAGCCUAGAACUGCUGAGGACUAAUAAAAUACUGAACUCUGUCAGAUAUUGUACCAGGCUUUGAGACUUGAUCCUUGUCUAAAAGCAAAUAUUGGUGUUUUUUGGUUAUGUUUUAUUUGAAAUAAAUAAGCGCAUAAUGGAAAAAAAAAACCUACCUCUUAAAAGUUCAGUUGCUUUCAUAGUAAGAUAUGCUUGCCCAAAAGCCAGAAAAAUUAUUUUUUUUUUUAAGUAAAUGCUGAUGACAUUGCUUUAAACUGAACAAAAUGCACUUACAUCAGUUUCUUUUGUCCUCAUCCACUGAAUGAAGAAAGCUCAUUUUUUACUCUGAUGGUAUUGCUUUAUGUGGAAACCUGUUUUCAGAGGGGCUAAAGUGUAUCUGUAGUCUCUCACCCACUGCUUAUUUUCAAAUACAAUACCUUUGUGAAUUUUCAGAGAUGAUGCAAUUUGUAAAGAAGGCAAUAACUUAAAUGUGACAUGAUACAGUACUUUCCAGGUUAAAAAUUAUGCAGUCCAUUUCCAGUGUAAAUGAAAAAAAAAAAUUUAUAAAUAUUUGCUAACUUGUUAUCCAAAAAGUGCAUGUUGUGUAGGAGCAAUGUUUUUAAAUAGAAAUUGUUAACUUUGUAGCAUUUCUACUUGUUUUGAGGAUUUUAAAAUUAUUUCAGGGAAUAUAUCUGCUGAGUAUUGGAAAGGAAGAGAUUCUGUAUGUGCCUUGCAGUACUGUAACUUAAACUCUCUGAGACUGCAAAAGAUGAGAAAAAUGUCUUAGUAGUCAAUUAUUUUUUGUCAGCAUUAGAAAUUAAGACAUUUAUAGAAAGCUUUUAGGUUCCAGAAGUAAGCAUCUGUUAGUUUGAAAUGCAGUAAGUGUUGCCCUUUAUUUUUUGAUUAGAAAAAUAUACAUACCUAGUGAUCUAUAGCUUUCAUGGUCUGCACUGCUGAGAAAAAAGUGGUCAGAAAAACGAAGCUAUGUUUGUGAAGUCACAGAAAAGCUGCCUGUAUUGAUCUUUGCUGAGGAUCUUUGCUUAUAAGAGUCUUUUGAAAUUUUGCCUUUGGGUUUUGCUGGUAAGGAGAACUUUCCGGUGAGUUCAGGAUUUUUUUUUUUUUUUUUCUUUGUCUGCAGAAGCCCAAAAUGAUUCUGUCUAAGCAGCAGAGUUUUUUAUUACUCAUUAGGCCAGCAGAGGUUGAGGAGCCACUUGCUUGAGUCUUGGCAGAAAUAGCAACUUUGGUUUUGAUGUGCAAUGAGGAUAACAGAAGUAAAAGAUUUAGACUGUUGAACCCAGUGAUUAAUUCUUGAGUAAUCUUAGAGUGAAGUGCAAAUUUAUUUAAAGUAUUUUUACAAAUUCUGCACUGUUUUUGCUGUGUUUUUAUAUUCUAUUAGAUGACAAAGUGUGUCCUUAAAAAGCAUGCAAACCUGGCAGGUUUUAGCAUAACUGUAUAAAAAUAAGCACAUUUCCUAGAAAAUGCUUUUAAAAAGCAUAAGAUAAGUUUAGAGAAUGAAGUCUUGUUCAUAUAAUUCUAAAUAUAUGGAGUUUAGUCUGAAAGGUAACUUAGCUUGCAAGCUAUUUUUAUAUUACUACUAAAACUAUUCUAUUUACUGUAGGUUCAAAUGUUAUA